GGCCCAGCAACUCGAACCGAGCUCUCCGGCGGUUGCUUUUGCUGCGGCUGCCGCCGCCGACCAGGCGAAGCAACGCCCUCUCCUCAUCCGAGCUGCUGGUCUCGGGAGCGGCCCGGCGUGCGCGAACUUAGCCAGGCUGCUGGAUGUCAACGAACGUGUUCGUUUGCCCUCCGAGGAUGGGCCGGUGAUGUUGGGGAAGAAGGAGCUCUUCUCAGCGGCGGCGGACGGUGGAGAUAUGGAGGCGGCAGCAGAGCUUGCUGGCCUUCUUAUGCCAAGUGAGACGGUGGCGCUGGGCUGGAAGGAGAUCGAGUUCGACUCCAGGGCUUUGUGCAGGGAGAUACUGGCACUCCGUCCGACUGAUGCUGCGGUGGCCGCUCUGCUGGCGCAGCGCAUGCCCGUGGAGGAGGUCCCGCAGCCAACUUUGUUGCGAUUUUCGCUUCCAGAGCUGAUUAGCUUCGACGGUGAUCGCGAUGCGGCUUGGGAGGAGCCGCCUUGGCCGUGCCCCGCCGCCGCACCGCCUUUACUCGACGCAGUGGUUUUGGCGGUGUCCGCGAUAGAGCGGACGGGCAGCCCGGAGGCAUUGAAUGACUUGGGCGAGCUGUUGGGGCCCGGAGAUCGCGCAAGGCUCUCUGCCAAAGUCGCAGGAAAGCCAGAUGACAAAGCCUGGGA